UUUCAGAAAAUGCCUUACACCUGUUACGAUCUAUAUUUAGAAAUAACUUGCGCACAAACAUCCGCUUCUAAGCGUGACGAAUCUUCUAUUGCGAAUAUCAUAUUGGGAUAGAAAAACAAUGCAUACUUGUUGUGCUUUAUUCGUUUGUUUGUUGGUUAUUUGGGUUUCAGUUGACGUUUGUCAUGGUUACCAGUGCUGCACGAGCUACACGGACCCCAUCGGGACCUACCACCCCUCGCAGUUGUGUGAGGACUACUGCUGCUGGGAUAUCAGUUUCAACAAGGUCUGCUGUGACAACCCGUUACGACAGGUUCCCUCCUCGGAAAGGGACCAAGACUCGUGCACAAAGAGCUGGAUAGAGGAACACAUCUGGGUGCCAAUCGUUUGCGGCCUUGUUCUGCUUGGCCUGAUCGUGCUGCUGACCUGCUGCUGCUGUUGCGCCUGCUGCCGUCGCAGUGGCAGUGGUGGGGUAGUGAUCCGCUCAGCCGUACCACAGACCAACGUGAUCAUUUCUACGCAGCAAUCAACGAACGUCAUGCAUGCCGGGUACAAUCAGUAACUCUGCGGACUUCAGGUGAAGUAAUACGUAGCCAAUGCUAACGGACGUUAUAUUGCAUUGUGCGAAGGGACGGAACUCGUAAUAUCUGGAAAAAAAAUACAGCAUUACAAACGUGUCAAGUUAAUAAAUCCAUAACAAACAAUAGCUUAUGUAUUAUUAUUCAUAGUGAUAACAUGCUCUCAUUAACAUAUAAUACGAAAACGUUCGUAAUACAUGUAGUAAUAAUUUCAACCUCAACUGGUAUGUUCUUAUGUUUUUUAAAUACUAGUGUUUGUAUUGAAAUGUAUAAUGAUUAUUAUAUUGCUUUUCUUUUUAGAUCCGAACUUACACAUAAAAAUGAACGUGCUGUGAUGUAACUGUGCACCAAAUGUUUGCAUUAUAAGUAUGUAAUGUUUAAAUGAACUUUUGUUUUAGAAGCUAUACCAUGAAAAUAAUUUCAAGUAAUUAAUGUUUGCAUAUUUUUGUUUCAUUUUAUAUAAAAGUACAUGAACGUGUUUUUAAUUGAAGAACAAUAGGAUAUACAUGUAUGUUAAAACGUGAUGACAAAAAAUGAUUGAAAAACAAAACAAAAAUGUUCUAGUUUGUGCUGUCAAUUAUGUAAAAAAGGAGAAAAAGCAUGUUGUAUCAUGUAGUUGCUUAACCCAUUUAUGCCCAGUGGACUCUCCCAUCCUUCUAAAUUGAACAAUUUAUUUCCGAAAUUAGGGGUGUCAUGUAUAUUUAUUUCUAUAUUUAGAAUAUUCCAUAAAGAAAUUCAUUUAAGCAAACAGCGCAGACCCAGAUGAGACGCCUCAUUAUGCGGCGUCUCAUCUGGGUCUACGCUGUUUGCAAUGUCCUUUUUUCAGGACGCAAGGCAUAAAUGGGUUGAUCUUUUUAUCUCGCUAGUUGUUUGUUUUAGUAAUCUGAAUUUCAGUUUUGUGUAUAUAACAUUGUUUGACAUUUACUCUUAUGAACCUGUCUAUUUUUAUAUCGACCUCUUCUUACAUGUUCAUUUUAUAAAAGACUAAAAUAAAUGAAAGCACACUUUCAUAAAAAUGUAAACAUUUAUACAGUAUCCGUAAUUUAAUGAAUGUACACUUUAAUAUCUAAAAUAUUUUUAUAUCAAAAGUAUUGUCCAGAAAACAACACAAAUUAUAGUGCAUUAUUUACAUGUAUUUGUCACGUAAAAUCUUCUAUGCAAUACAUUUACUUAUCGAACACUGUCUUUUUUCGGCGUAAGCUGUAUUAAGCCAGCUUUUCACCCUGACUUGACCUUUGUAAGGGUCCAAUAAUACACAAAUAAAAUUUCCCGCGGCAAGGUACGAAUGAAUACACUUCAUUUAUUCCAUUGGCUGAUUUGAGUAUAACACCAGAACAUUGGAAACAUAUCCGCGUCUUUGUAACACUAUUUUACUGCAUGAAACAAUUUUAUCUCUAAUGAAAAGGCUCAAUAGAUAGAACAGUUUUACAAUCAAUUUUCGACAUAAAUACAGUUUGUGCGUUUACCUUUUAUUUUCAGAGAAUUACCAGCGCAAAAGCGUUUAUACUAAAGGCUAUGUUGUCAUAUUUAGUACUUACUUGCAUUGCAUUUCAACCCGCGAGGUUUCGGGUCAAUAAGCGGCUAUUUGUGAAAGUCAUAGUUUAUACAUGUAUACAGUUCAUCGUCGGAGUUCGCAGAAGGGGUUGCGAUCAUUGUGUUACACCGGUCUUACUGACAAUAACGUAGUGACUGUAAUGCAUUGCAUUCCAAUCCGCAAGGUAUCAAGGUCAGUUUGUCAGUUUGCGGUCAGUUGCAGAAAUCUUUAUAUAAACGCCGUCUCGUAAACUUUGUGCACUUGAAGUCUGUUUUGAUCAGAAAGAUACUAAAUAAAGAUAUUCGGCGAUAUUAUUGUGGUAUGUCAAUCAUCGAUUUUUAAUAUGGUUUCAACAUUGGCAUGAUAAGGACCAAUUUUGAUAAAAUUAAUUAGAAAUAUUUAUCCAUUUAGACCAGUUUAUUAAGCAUGAGCACAAUAAUUCACUAUACUAUAAUUAUGCAAUUAAAUAAGAUUUGAGUAUUGCCGGCUGACCUAUAUGCACUCGUUUAUUUUCAUGUUUCUUGUGUUUUUCUAUUCUGUAAAUAUAGAUAUCUGAGUAUAAUAUCACAUAAAGCAUAAUAAGCCACGAAAUCUGGCGCAACACCCCGUAAUUGAUUUGCUUGUGAUGUAGCUAAGAACUUCGCAGAAAAAAGGCAUCCGCUACUUUUUAUCUCAUAGAGAUAACUUUUAAUCGUUCAUAAACAUCGACCACAAUCAACGCCGUAUAUCUUUUUUAAAGAUAUUUCUUGUUAAAUAUGUAUCACAGAACGUCUUGUUGUCUGUCCCUUUAAAUAUUUUGUCAACUCAAACGUUAAAGUGCUUUUAAGAUAUCCUUUGUGUUAGGUACUCGGAUGGUUUCUAGAAAGUCGAUAUUCUGGGUUGUUCGUUUUACCUUUUGUAUGCUAUGCAAUUUCUAAAGUGGACUCGCCCCUAUAAGCAUGAAAUGUAAAGAUUAUUGUUGGAUUUUUGUGUUCAUUGAGAUAGACGAAGCUUUAUUGAAUCUUAAAAAUAAUUAGUUGAUUGUUCAAAACAUUUGCAAAUAUGAUAUUAAUUUUACGUUUUGUAGUGGAAUAAUAAUGCAUGUGCUUUGUGAAAAACGGACUUAAUUGAUGUGCGUAAAGUAUCGUCCCUGGGAAGUCCGCACAGACGUAUUAGGGACGACGCUUUUCACUGUUAUGGAAUGGUUCGGUCAAAGGAAAUAUUUUCUAAAAAGAAAGCUAUGUGUUGGUGGAAAGUCCCUCCUGAUUAUCAUGUGCAGACUGGGCAGUUUUAUAUGGGACGAUAUUUUUCUCACAUGCACCAAACCCGAAUGUCUACAUACCGUCUCAAAUAUUAUAAAUUCAUUGAGGGUGUUGCAUAGUAUAAUUCGACAUUUGACAUGGGUGUUUAUGGGUGUUUAAUAUUCAAAACUUCUUAAUCAAAUUGAGUGUAGGGUGCAUUUUAAUAAUCUUUUCGGUUUAAGAUCAACGGUACAUAUAGCAAUACGCUUUACAUAUAAAAGUAGUAAAUGACGUAUACAGUAUAGCAAACCUUAUAAUGCUUUUGCCUACUGUCCAUUGAUACAUUAUCUGGGUCUUGUUAGGGAAAAAAAAUCACAAAAAUGAAUGUAUUCAUUUGUUGGAUCCACAAAAGUGUUUUCUUCAUUAUAUGACCAUGUGCGGAGAGAUACUUAUACAUUGCCUGCUUAACUAUUGGUUUCACGACCAACACGUAGCUGUACUUACUUGUCCAUGUAUGAAUAUUUAUCAAAGGGACCUGGCUAUGUGGAUUAAGAUUUGUUUAAAUGUCUUUUUCUGUUAUUUUUUAUGUGUAAUUUUAUCGUGUGCAAAUACACUCUCUUACUAGUUUUUGUUUUUGUACAUGGGGCCAAGUAUAUGUUGUGCACUUAGUUUUAUUUUAAUAGCUUUUGUUUUUUGUGCAUAUUGUUUUAUUCUUUUUUCUUGAUUCUGCCUUUAAUAAAUCGCUCUAUAAAA